GGGAUAUAUAAAUGAUUCGUUGGUUUCAUAAUUGAUUUGAAUCGACAAAUCGUGAGACAACAAUACUGGGCAUGAAAUCGUAUUAAGACAUCCAUUUGUAGUGCAUUUGUGACGGAUAUGAGCAGAUGGACCACCAGAAAGUGCUUCAGACAUCUGCUAACUAUGAACCGAAAGUUGUCUUAUUUGGCCACUCUUUUCAUCGCACUCUUCCUGAUUGUCGCGUAUUUGCAACAAAACAAAAUUACAGAAUAUUCUCGCUAUAAUUGGCUUCAGUCAGGAAACAGAGAACUUCUAAGUCUACACAAUGGUAUCGCUAAUUAUAAGCAAACCCCAAACUCGACACAAUUGACUCCGAAAAUCGAUAGAUUGGACGUAAAAGUGAUCGAUAAUAAUGUGGAUGAAAGGAAAGCGGAAAAAGUGUGGACAACGAGCACAUCGGUGUCGGAGCCGACAGCACCGACACCGACACCGACAGGGACAGGGAGUGGAUCACCUGUGUGCUCAGCCAAGUAUAACAUAGUGUUCCUGAAGACCCACAAGUGUGCCUCGUCUACCAUCCAGAAUAUAUUCAUGAGAAACGGAUUCACUCACAACAAAGUGUUUGUAUUGCCGGCGAAAGCCAACUAUUUGGGACAUCCGAUGCCAUUCACACGCGAUUUGGUUCCCGAUCCCAAACAAUUCGCGCACGAGUACAAUAUACUGACCCACCACUCGCGCCUCAACUACCAGUCCAUGCGCUCACUGAUGCCAAACGGGACGCUAUUCAUCACUAUAGUGAGGGAUCCGGUGGAUCUGUUUGAGUCGAUGUUUCAUUACUACCGGUUAGACAAGUUCUGGAACAUUACUUUCGAUGUGUUCGCCAAUCAGUCCGUUAGGAUUCCCGAUAAGUUAAGGACAAACCGAUAUAUCGGCAAAAUAGGCAUCAAUCAGAUGAUGUUUGACUUAGGAAUGAAUAUCACCGACUUCACCAAACCUUAUACUCUCAAGAAAUAUAUCGACAGUUUAGACUCAAUCUUUGAUUUAGUUAUGGUCUCUGAACGUAUGGACGAGUCUCUAGUCCUUCUCAAACACCUCUUGUGCUGGUCUACCGAUGAUAUCAUUGCAUUCAAG